AUGUCUGAUGCGACUCCGAUGUCGAUAGUGGUCGUUCUUCUUGUACUGUCUGUUUUCAUUAUUAUCGCUAAUACUUUUACUGUAUUUGUUUUCUGGAUUCAUCGCCACAAACUGAAGCCAACAUUCCUUAUUGUUUUUAACUUGACUGUUGCUGACCUUUUUGUGGGACUUGUACAAACAGUCAUCGCCGGACGUAAACUGAAUGGCAGUAAGUUUAUGGAGGGAAUUCCAGGAUCCUUUCCAGCAAUGGCUUCUGGUGCAUCUGUGUUUUUUCUUGUACUCGUUUCACUGGAGAGAGCCUUCGCCUUGAUUUGGCCGCUUCGACAUCGAGUAACAAGCACCAAGGUUUAUAUCUACAGCGUGGCUAUUACACGGUUAGCUGGACUGAGUCUAGGUGCACUUAAUUUGUUAACCACGAAUGGUAUCAUAGACGUUCGACAUUAUUUAUUCGCCUACUCUAUCAUCUUUUUUUUAUCUUUAUUUAAAAUUUGCUCGUCGUAUCUCUUAAUCCGUAAAAGACUUUGCAACAGAAAUCCUGCUAUCGAUGAAGCAGACUGUAGAAAGCGUGUGGAACAAAACGCAAAAUUCUCCAAGACUCUCUUUAUUGUGAUAGGCGCAUCUGUUACUUUGUGGGCUCCAAGCAUGACAUUGUACAACAUCAGUAACUUGUGGCUCGGUUUGCUUCCUGGGUUUAUGAAUUACCUUACCAAUUUCCUACAUGCUACAAAUUCUCUCGUGAACCCAAUAAUUUACAGCUUUAGAAUAGCGAUGUUUAAGAAGACUUUAAAGCAGCUCGCAAAUAAGUUGAGGAUUUCCAGGCCACCAAAAAGUUACACGAUUAGGGAGAAAAUCUAAUUCGCUUAUCAACAAGUCAAAUUAAUUAGUUGAAUAAAUGUUAAGUUACCGAGACAAGUUUCUGUAAAAAGCCCCACAUCCUCAUCACAAAACUGGUUUUGAAUUUUCCAUAGUUGCCACUUGUAACUAGAUAAAUAAUGAUCCUACGAAUUCUAUUUGUAAAUAAUAAUAAACAAGCCUUUAAAAAAUUAAAACCUGUUAUUUUUCCUGGGUGUUAUUGUACCCUUUGCUAGUGGCUCAUUCACUUUACUUCCACAGAUAACAUACGAUGGAGAAUGAACACUAUUGAAUUUCCAAAUGGCUUACAGGAAAUUCCGUGUCUGUUUUGUCAUCUUUCCUACUUGGUUGAAAGGUUUAGUAAUUCCGUUGGAGUCAUGGUGGGACUAGGAGGGUGGUUAAGGUUCCAGGAUCGUCCAAGAUGUGAAAUUUUACUGGGGUGAUCGGCAAACAGGCGGUGUAAUGGAAGAAAGAUUUCGCUCGAAAAUGCCGGUGAGGAGAGCUGCGAUCGGUCAGAACAGCUACCUCAGAAGUCUUGAGGUGUUUUAAGGCACUGCAUUGAUGCCAAGGAUAUAUAGUAAGUAGUAACUAAGUAGGUAAGUAGUUUAUUUAGACACGUAACACCUAAGAGCUUACAAUCACGUGAUAUAUGGCAAACCUACCUUAAAACCUAAACGGUACCAAAGUUAAAACUAUAACUACCUCAGAUAUAAUAUCCAUUUCAUAGAAAAUACAUUCUUACAAAAAAGAUUCGAAGAUCCAAAAUUCAACAAUUGAACGUUCAGUAAAAGUUCACAAAUUGUGAUUACGAAGAAUAAAAAAGAUUCAUAAAUAGUAAUAAAGAUGAAAAUAAUGUAAUUACAUAUACAAGUGGACUUAAGUUUCCAUUAGACCUUUGGCUUAUUAGGACGAUGCAAGGAAAAGGGUUAUGCCCUGUAAGAAACUGUAUGUCGCGGAUGACUGUCUGUGAUGGGGAGAGCUUCAGCCAAUCAGAAAUCAGGAUUUAAGAUAAAAUAUUGGAAGAUUUUUACUUGUCUGUUAUUUUGGUAUUUAACGACAGAAAACCAUCAAUCGUGGAUGUAUUAGUGCCACCAAUCUGUAUCACAGCACAGGCUUUCGUAUAAGAAUCUUCUCGCUCGAUUCUCGCAAUCCGGGUGCCCUUAAACAGUGCACGGAGCUAAAACGUCACUAAGUUAAAGAAGGCUUCAAUCUACAGUAAGAGUAUACUAAUGUCAGACCAAAUAGCAACUAUUGCUUCCCUUUGUGUUUCCACUCUUCAAUCUCUCAUCGUAUUCGCUGCUAAUUUUCUCACCAUAGCUGUGUUUUGGAUUCACCGAAACAAACUAAGACGAACUUACUUACUUCUUAUCAAUUUGGCCGUAGCCGAUCUUCUCGUUGGAUUGGCAUACAUGACACCACAUUUGACGGUGCUAUCACUUCCUAGUUACAUUAGAAAAUCUAAACUUAAUUUCACGACUUAUGACUAUCUUGUAAUCCAAUUUUAA